GUCUCGAGAGCCCGGCGAAGAGUUCAGAGGUCAAAGGGCGUUGAGGGGCGUUAGGUCGCCGUCCUCCGGGAGGGGGAGGCUGGGACAGGAUAUGAAGUGGGAAGAAUCAAGUUGCAACCAAGUGCAAUUUUCAAAAAAGAUGCUAUCUCAACAAUGGUCUGUUUUUCUGAAGACACCCUUGCUUUUCAUCUGAAUACAUGCAUUCUAGUUCAUGCAAUGUUACAUCAUCAGGUUAACAGAGAUGGAGAUCUCCUCCAGGAUUUGGAGAGUAGUAUCAAUGGGCACUAAAACUCUGGACUAAAUUAGAUAAAGGUAGAUGGACUAUAAGGCAAUUGCCCAACAAACUGCUGAACAAGUUUUAGCUUACAAUCAAGACCUAUCUGGCUGGAAACUCAUUAAAUCUUCAGUAACUGUUUCCAGCAAGACCUCUAGAAUAUUCCACGGAAACCUAUACCGCGUUGAAGGAAUAAUCCCAGAAUCAGCAGCUCAUCUCUCUGACUUCCUCUUCAAACAUGAUCACAGAGUCUCAUGGGACAAAUCAUUGAAAGGGUUCAAUGUGAUACACAAGAUUGAUUCGGACACACUCAUAUGCCACACCAUUACACAAAGUUUUGCCAUGGGCUCAAUUUCCCCUAGAGACUUUAUCGACUUAGUACACAUCAAGCACUAUGAAAGGAACGUGGACAUUAUCAGUACUAAAAGUGUGGACUUCCCAGGAUAUGCUCCAACUUCGACUUAUAUCCGUGGCUUUAAUCAUCCCUCUGGCUAUGUGUGUUCACCUCUGAAGGAAAACCCAGCCUAUUCCAAGCUAGUGAUUUUUGUCCAGACAGAGAUGAAAGGAAAAUUGCCUGCAUCGGUAAUUGAAAAGUCUAUGCCUUCCAACUUAGUAAGCUUCCUCCUCAAUGUGAAAGAUGGCGUAAAGACGUACAGAAUUCCACCCAUACGUGCCCGGCACAGUUCGCACUCCUCUGUGCACAAAAAGAAAGAAGGACAUUCUGCCAUUAAACCGUAGCGAUUUCAGACAGCACAGCCUACUAGUAAGUGGAGUUUGUUCCUGCAGAGUACUCCUAAGUCAACGUGAAUAAGCCUGUUCAGUGUCUCUAGGCAUUAACCUUGUACAGAGUACGUAAAAUAUUUUGUCAAAGUAAGAACUUCACUGGACAAGAAAAGUCAAUUAAAUACAGUUUUUAAGCUAACAUAACAUUAAAUAAUGUGCCGUUAAUACACUUUGACCAUCUGAGCAUGCUGUGCAUUCGGAUCCUAAAGAAGGAGAUACCGUCAGUAGUUAGCAUUAAUUAGAACUUAAUUAAAUAUUCAUCUGGCAGUGAUGGUAAGCACCUGAAAUCCCUGCCGUGAAGAAGCUAAAACAGGACCAGCACAAUGACACUAGCCUGGGCUACUCAGAGAGACCCUAUGCCAAUAAAUUAAAUAAAUAAAUAAAUAAAUAAAUAAAUAAAUGGGUUAUAGUAUACAUUUUAAAUUAUUUUCCUUUAUCUACUGCUUAAAUUGAGAAGCAUGGAAAAGGUGAACAUAAAAAUUCAAAGAUUUCCACUAGGGACCUCAGAGUACAGCUUAGUGGUAGAAUAAUUGCCUAACAUUUAAAGAGCCUGGAUUCCAUCUUUAGCAUCAGAAAACAAUAAGAGUUCCACUCCAGUGAACAGCCAGUGAUGUUUAUCUGAAAAUAUACACCUCUUCCCCUGUGUAUCAAUGAGGAGGAACAAGGCGGCAAGUCACAGGCCCGGUGUCACUCUGCUUCCGUCACUGCAAGUCACUUGUCCACCGCCACCCGGAAGGGAUGAGCAAGGGCAGACAUGGAGCUGAACUGCCACAGACGCCUGCCAGCAGGGUCCGUCAGUGCUCUGCUCUCUAAGGAGAUAACACCACGCAGCUCUUACACUAGUUACAGCCGACAGUGACGCUGCCUUCUUAAAGGGACCCUUACGUAGGAUCUGGGGCCCUUCAGAAAGCAAGACAUGUGGAAUCAUACUUCAUAGUGACAGAGUCAAAGGCACUUCAGCAGAGGACAGACACCUGCCCAACAAAUGAUAUUGGAGCACUUGGAUAGCAAGAGGCCUUCACCUAGUCAUGUGCCAUUCCUAACAACCAUCUGUAAUAAUGAACUAACAAUGGAACUUGAACGCGCAGACAUGACAUCCUAGAAACUACCCAUAAGCUACAGCUGAGCACGAUUCUUACAAAGGAGAGUGACCACAAAGUUAAGUGUGCAUGCUGUGUGAGUCCGCGUGGUGAGCCCCUGGGAAGGAGAUGAAAAGACAGGUGGGGAAACAUGUGCAAGACAUUUCUGACAAAGAACACUUUCCUAAAAUAUACAAGGAGCUUUCAAAACAUAUAAUAUAAAAACAAUCCAGUUAAAAAGUAGCCAAGGCCAAUGCACUGGAAGGGAAUCUAAUUAAAAGCAGCAUUAGCCAUUAGGUAAAUUCAAGUAACAUUCGAGCUGAGGUGUCAGCACACUUACCAGAGUGGCAGAAAGUUUUAAAACAGUGAUAGGAUUGAGCGCUGUCACACAGAGAAACUGGGUCACAUUUCAGGCAGAAGGGAAAAACACUCCCGUUCCCACAGCCCUCAGCCUUCCUCAGCUCAAGGCUGCUCCACUGGAGAAGUGAGCACUGGCAGCUCUCAGCCUCUCACCAGGGGUAUCAGGCUAACAGGAAAGACAAACAUCUCAACAGAGAUUAAACAAACCACUCCUCAACUACUGGGGAAGCGAGAGGAUAAGAAAACACUACAAACACUCCGAAGUCAACAAAGUGAGAGGAAAUAAUACACAUCAAUAAUAGCUCUAAAUAUCAUUGGUCCCAGUUUUGCAGUGAAAAGGCCCUGGUGUAAUGGGUCAAGUGCAGGGUCUCGUUUCUGUUCUAAGAGACAUCACAAAGCAGAGCUGCCACCUCACUAGUCACUGUUGGAUCAGCUUGAAGACACCACAAGCAAAGCACUGCAGAGACACCGCAUAGAAAGGAGGGUUCACUUUGGGCUUCCCGUUCUGAGACCAUCGCCACCACAGUGGGGAAUAGUGGAGCAGGCAGAACAUGGUUGGCUGGCGCAGCAGCAGUGAGCUCACAUCCUGAACCAACAGCAUGCAAGCAGGGGGCUCGCUGGGAAAGGUGCAGGCUUUUAAACUUAAGUCCAACCCCAAGUGACAUACUUCUUCAGGGACACAGUGUCCCUACUGGGGACUGAAUAUUCAGGUGCCUGGGAGUAUAUAGGGGUGACAUCUCGUUCAAACCAUCUGACCAAGAGGGAAAGGAUGGACAACGUGUUCCAGGUGACUAGGAACACUGGGAAAUAAUCACUGCUUUAAUUGCUGACAAGAGUGACAAUAAUCAAAAACGAUAAAAGUCACUUCAUAAUGACUUAGCCAAGAACCCAUCGGAAGCACAUGGCAGUUCCAAAUAGAUAGGCAUAGAACAUAGGCGUACUUAAUUUUAUAAAACAAAUAUUCUUAGAGAUAAGAUUAAUCCCAGCACAGCACUGGUGACUUCAGUACUCCACUCUCAUCCAGGCAAGAAAAUGGGGUGGGGGUGGGGGGUCCUGAAUGAAAUGGCGUGAUAGACCAAAUGAAUUUGAAGAUCUCUGCAGAACAGUUCUCUCUCUCUCUCUCUCUCUCUCUCUCCCUCUCCCUCUCCCUCUCCCUCUCCCUCUCUCUCUCUCUCUCUCUCUCCCCCCUCUCUCUCACACACACAGACAUAGAGCAAAUCUUAACAUAUAGGGAAAGUGAGUAAGUCCUUGUUUUUUGAGCACAAUGGAAUAAAAGCAGAGCUGAGUGAGGAAAACAGGAUGCUCCUAUUGUAUUCAGAGCCACGUGUAGUAGAUGAGCCCUUCUAUUCAACACAAGCCACACAGUCAGUGAUGCUUUUCAUGGCUGACUUUGUGUGUGUGUGUGUGUGUCUGUGUGUGUGUGUGUGUGUGUGUGUGUGUGAGUGUGUGUGUGUGUGUGUGUGUGUGUGUGUGUGCUUACACAUCCAGAAACUUCUUACUGUUGCCAAAUCAGUGACUCCACCCAAUUUCAGUCAUGUGACCCACAUGGAAUGAAAACUUGCAGUUUAAGGAUGGGUGGGGAGGAUCUGGGAGGACUUAAGUGAGGGGUAUAGAAAAAUUAAGAAAAAUAAAUGACACUGUAAGCUGGGGAAAGCAGAGCUCUUAAAAGAAACAAGCCAAGGUCCAGCCCGUGGAUGCUCUUCGGUUGGUGGUUCAGUCUCUGAGGGCCCCAAGGGUGCAGGUUAGUUGACUCUGUUGGUCGCGCUGACAAGGAUACUCUUUGGCCUGCAAUCCUUCCUUCUAUUCUUCCGUAAGAGUCCCCAAGCUUCAUCCACUGUUUUGCCGUUGGUCUCUGCAUCUGUCCAAGUCAGCUGCUGGGUGGCUUGGUCUUCACUUGGGUCCCCAACACCCGGAGCAGGGACUAUCGCAAAAGCUGUUGCCUAUCUGUGGGAUAUGUUCUAGCCGGGCUGCCCUGUCUGGCUUCAGUGGAGAGGAUGCACCUAGCCUAGCAAAGACUUGAUGUGCCAGGGUGGGGAGAUGCCCACGGGCCACCCAUUCGUUCAGAGAAGGGGGGGGAAAUGGGGGAGGGACUUUGGGAGGGGUUACCAGGAGCAGGGCAGUGAGCAGAAUGUAAAGUGAAUUCAAAAAACAAACAAACAAAACAAGUCUUUGAUACCUUACUCCUGUGUAGUCAAAUGCCACCAGGUGGCGCUCUCCACAUUUUGUAGACAGCUUGGUCAACUUUCUCCACAAUAUUGCAACUUUUACUAGGUUUCCUCAGCCCCUUGUUACUCAGAGGCCUCAGACCACAGACUCCAUAUUUCUGUGGGGCACCACAGCAUUUUUAGGUACCAACUUUUGUAGCAAUUACUUUCAGACCUCCCUCUCCCCAAAAGCCUGUUCCAUUAUAAAAUGACCCAUAUACUAUAUUCUCUGAACGUUUUCAUAAACUGCCAAUCCUUUGGAAGCUGUUUUUUUUACAUAAAAUUAAUUUCACAUUCAUCAUUUCAAUUUUUUGCAAUGAAAAUGACGUUUAUAGUUCGAUGGACUUUAACAAGAAGUGAAUCCUCACCAAACAUUGCCACAUACUAGUUCAGAUGCUUGCUUACGUGUGCCUAGAAAUUCUGGAAUGAAAAUAUCCAAGCGGACAACACUAUCUGUCAGUGAGGCUGGAAUCACUCCAGAUAAAGGGGAAGCUUCCGCGCCUGCGUGACAAGGGUGUGCACAGCGUCACGGGACCCCACUAAGGGUCUGAAGCAGACGUCUGAUCACUCGGCUCCCCAAAACCAAAUACGGAAUUAGCUCAACAGCAGGACUAAAUCCGAUACUGCACGGGUACAUUACCCGGGUGAAGGAUAGGUAGUCAUCAGUGAGCCUAGGCUGGAGCGAUCCGUAGGGCUUGCGUACUUAUUUGCCAUGCAUGAGGCUCUAGGCAACAUCCCAGCACUGCCGUUCCCAUCCAUAACGAAGGCAAACUAGAACUCUACAUUCUAGCCAACCUAAGGAAAAGUAUUCUACUGACUAACAUCUCAAAUAUUUUAUCUCUAUUACUAAGCAACCACUGGAUAUUUAGGUAAAUCGGGCACAUGCUGAAUGUUCUUCCAGUUCCUUUUGUAAUUUAAAAUAAAUGGCUAUUGUAAAAUGA